UCUAAGAUGAAUUGCAUUAUUUAGUGCUACAAAUGAGUUGUAUCAUGUGAUAAAUACUUGUAAAAAAGACUAAUGUUGCGCCAAAAAGACAGAGAGAGUGAUGUGUAAUACAAAUCCGAUAUGAAGUUUAACGCUAAUUACAGUAUUUUGACUUCAAAAAGAAAACGCUAAUUAUUUAAUCCCUUCGUGCUCCUCUCUGUCCUAAUCAUAUAUCUCCCCUCUCUCUCUCUCAAAAAGAAAAACUGCUGGGGUCUGGGGAAAAUAAAAAGAAAACAGUUAAGUUCUUUGUUUUUCUCAAUCAUUAGCUGAGAAAGAUUAUUAUUUGGUGCAAGAGAGAAAUUUUUCUUAAACCCAAUUGUUCUUUCCCUUCGAUCGUCUCUGCUCGGGUUGGGUAUUUCGCAGAAAUCUUCUGGGUUUUGUGUUUGUUGUUUCUCACUGUUCCUGAAUCGAACCGGACCCACCAAAGUAAAUGCUCCAUAACGUGGAAAAACACUUCUUCUUCAGAGAAAAAAUCCAAUCUCAUUCGGUUUCUCCAUAGAUAUAUAAGUUUGGGUUUUUGGGGUUAAGAAAAAAAAAUUAAUUUUUGUUGUUUCUGUAGAAAUUAGAAGAAAAAAAAGUAUAAACCUUUAAUCAUUUGAUACCUUUUUGUCAAUUAGUUUUGUGUCUUUGUAAAUCACAUAUGAUUUUUCCAUGUUUAUUUCUCCAUUUGAGAUUCAUGGAUUCUCUGUUAGUUGUGGGAAUUGAUCGAAUUCAAAUUACAAUGGGUUUAAAUUGAUACCCGGUGGAUUCAAAUUCAGGGGUUUAGUGAAGAUCUGGGCGUGUGAAUAUAGAGAUUUAGGGUUCUGGGUUUAUAGCAAAAAAAAAAAAAAGAGUUUUGUGUGUUUAGUUAGAAUCAAAAGAUAAGAUUUUUGUUUUGCCUCUUGAGGAAACAAAAAUGGCGGCAAGAGUAGAAACAUCAAAUGGUGGUGAGAUUGAUGAAGAGACUGAUGAAAGAGGAAGUAUGUGGGAUUUAGACCAGACGCUUGAUCAACCUAUGGAUGAAGAAGCUGGUCGACUCAGGAACAUGUACAGAGAAAAGAAAUUUUCGGCGAUUCUGCUUCUGCAGCUUUCGUUUCAGAGCCUCGGUGUUGUCUAUGGAGAUUUAGGAACUUCUCCUUUAUAUGUUUUCUACAAUACAUUUCCUCGCGGGAUCAAAGACCCUGAAGAUAUCAUUGGAGCAUUAUCUCUAAUCAUAUACUCACUCACACUCAUCCCUCUCCUCAAAUACGUUUUUGUUGUAUGCAAAGCCAAUGACAAUGGUCAAGGUGGAACAUUUGCUCUCUAUUCUUUGCUGUGUAGACACGCAAAAGUGAACACGAUCCCGAACCAGCACCGUACAGACGAAGAGCUUACAACUUAUAGCCGCUCCACGUUUCAUGAGCAUUCUUUUGCUGCAAAAACCAAGAGAUGGUUAGAGAAAGCCUCUAGGAGAAACUCGCUUCUUAUCCUCGUUCUUGUCGGUACUUGCAUGGUCAUCGGCGAUGGAAUCCUUACCCCUGCCAUUUCUGUUCUUUCUGCUGCUGGUGGGCUCAGGGUAAACCUUCCUCACAUAAACAAUGGUAUAGUUGUUGUUGUUGCGGUUGUGAUACUAGUGAGCUUGUUCAGUGUACAGCAUUAUGGAACAGACAAGGUCGGGUGGCUUUUCGCGCCCGUUGUGUUUCUCUGGUUUCUCUUUAUCGCUAGCAUCGGUAUGUACAACGUAUGGAAACACGACCCGAGCGUCUUAAGAGCGUUCUCGCCGGUUUAUAUAUAUCGGUAUUUCAAAAGAGGAGGCCAAGAUCGUUGGACCUCUCUUGGAGGCAUUAUGCUUAGUAUCACAGGGAUUGAAGCUCUCUUUGCGGAUCUCUCUCAUUUCCCUGUCUCAGCUGUGCAGAUUGCUUUCACUGUAAUUGUAUUCCCUUGCCUUCUCUUGGCGUAUAGCGGACAAGCAGCUUACCUUAGAAAGUACCCACAUCAUGUGGAAGACGCGUUUUAUCAGUCAAUCCCAAGUUUAUGCCAUUGGGUUCUUGUCCUCUUGUUCACCGUCUUAUCACUCGUCGUCGAAUGCACUUACUUCUCCGCCGUGCUCUUCAAGGUUAACCAAGGCGGUUGGGUGCCGCUUGUAAUCGCUGCGGCGUUUCUUGUCAUCAUGUACGUAUGGCACUACGGAACACUCAAGAGGUACGAGUUCGAAAUGCAUAGUAAAGUCUCAAUGGCUUGGAUCCUCGGGCUCGGUCCUAGCCUCGGGCUUGUCCGUGUCCCCGGGAUAGGCCUUGUUUACACGGAGCUAGCGAGCGGAGUCCCUCACAUCUUCUCUCAUUUCAUCACGAACCUCCCGGCGAUUCACAACGUCGUGGUGUUCGUCUGCGUCAAGAACCUCCCUGUGUACACUGUUCCCGAGGAAGAACGGUUCUUGGUGAAAAGAAUCGGACCCAAGAACUUCCACAUGUUCCGCUGCGUGGCCAGGUACGGGUACAGAGACUUGCACAAGAAAGACGACGACUUUGAGAAACGUCUCUUCGAAAGCCUCUUCCUUUUCGUCCGCCUCGAAUCGAUGAUGGAAGGAUGCUCUGAUUCCGACGAUUACAGCAUCUCCGGGAGCCAACAACAACACAACCUCAAAGACGGGUUCGGGAACGGGAACGGGUGCGAGAGCAAGAACUUGUCGACGUUCGACACGUUUGAUUCUAUGGAGUCGGUUGCAGCGCCAACCAAACGGAUGAGCCACACUGUGACCGGGUCGAGCCAGAUGAGCGGAGUGGACGAGCUGGAGUUUAUAAACGGGUGCAGAGACGCGGGAGUGGUUCAUAUAAUGGGGAACACGGUGGUUCGAGCCAGGAGGGAAGCGAGGUUCUACAAGAGAAUAGCUAUUGAUUAUGUGUAUGCGUUUCUUAGGAAGAUUUGUAGAGAGAAUAGUGCCAUCUUCAAUGUUCCUCAAGAGAGCCUUUUGAAUGUUGGCCAGAUUUUCUAUGUGUAA